AUGUCAAUUAUGGACUCGGAUGGUCUCUCGGCGAGUGAGAUGAUUGUGGGCUUUGGCGACACUAUGGACGAUAGGGACGUACUGGGGCAUUGGAUGAAGCCGCCGAAGCAAUUAGGCAGCAACAUGACGGGUGUCAUCAUCCUAAGUGUGGUGUUGGUCGCAAUCGCAAUUGCCUUCUUCGGAUGCUAUCUUCUGCUGAGGUUUGUGCACAGAGCACUUGGUACGGACGGCAGGAAACAAAAUAAUCCUUCUCCGUAUUCUAACGUCGUCAUACAUUCCAAACGAGUGUACGAAAUUCAAGCAGAAGAAGGUUGUUUCAAUCCUCCUCCAGAUAUCCACGAUCCACCAGACGAUCCCACAAAAUGUUCAUUUUCGGAGACUUCAACUUCAAAACUAGGAGCGGCCUUAGAAGAGGACCGCAAGAUUCUGAUUGGUCCAAGAAAAUGGCAAUCGCCUGGUCAGCUGAUAUCUGCUACACGCCUCUUCUAUGGAUGUUCUCUUCUGAUGAUGGAAGAUCAUUGUCGGUGGAAAUGA